AUGUCGGUUCGCUCGUUUCUAGUUUUCGGAUGCUUUCUGUUCGUACUAAUCUCAUUUGCUAGUGCUGUUAAUUUGGAUAUUUCGUGUACCAACACGACGCAAUGUGGUGGCACUGGUACUCGAUGUGAAGGAGGAAUAUGUCGAUGUGAUACACCGUGGUAUUCACCUUGUGGAACAACUGAAUGUAGACUCAAUCCAUCGUUCGUCUAUGAAGGGAAAGCAUGUCGAGUUGAUGCAAAUUGUUUGAACAAUGCUGUUUGUGACAAUCAACAAUGCAAGUGUAAACAAGACUUUACAGCUAUCAAUGGACUUUGUUAUAAAAGUUUGAAUGUGUCAUGUUCGUCUGCAAGUGAAUGUUGGUCGAACGAAUGUCGUAACAAUGUGUGUCAAUGUCCUAGUCGUUUCCAACCGAAAGGCGAUAAUAGUCGCUGCAGCAUUACACUGGCUAAACUUUAUGUAAACUGGACUGCUGCUAACGAAACUGGAGACUUUUGCUAUUCGGGUCUAGGCUUUGCUGCUUGUCAAGCUAUACAAGCAGUUUGUAUGUCUAAUGCACCGAAUCAAGAAAGUUUCUGUCAAUGUCAACCACCGUUUGUUGCCAACUACAACACACAAGAAUGCGAAUUGAGUGAAUAUACUGGAGCACUAUCGCCAUCAAAAGCCGAACUACCCUAUGAUCAAUGCGGCAGAUGUCAAGAUCCAAAUGCAUUGUGCAUAAGUGUUAACCAGACAACGUGUUGGUGCCGAGCAGGUUUUGCUAAAACUAGUGAUAAUAAAUGUGAACAAUCGUUUCGCUACGUUCUGUUUCCUAAUUCUAUUGAUAUAAGUACACAUGAUUAUAUUGGAACGAGCAGUUCGAUAUCUGGUGGUUCUGCUACUGUUGUGUCCAACAGCGGACUGUACGUAUGUGCACCUGGCUAUCAAUACGUGGAAAAAGACAAACCCUGUCAACGUAUUGCACCGCAAUGGGACGAUGAUAACUUUGAGUAUGGUGUUUGUACACGUAUAGACUCGCAUGGUAAUCCCCAGCAAGAAAGUGGUCUAUGCUUUGGUCCUCUAUCGUGUCAACAACGACGCGAUAAAUAUGUGUGUUCAUGCGGUCGUGAUCAAUACUUAUCUGAAAACGGAACUAGUUGUUUUCAUUUCCUGGAAAGAAACUUAAUAAGUCCAGAUUCUACUCGUUGUCCAGAAAAUUCCAAUAUGAAUGGUUCACAAUGUGUUUGUUCACCGUCUGAUCUUUACAAAACAUCUGAUGACAAGAGACGAUGCGAACUCCUAUUGAGCGAGUCACCUAGUUCUUGUCAAGCCGGUUUAACAGCGUUCAACGACACCUGUAAAAAUUUAUAUGGUGAAUAUUCAAGUUUUUGUAGUAAAGGUGUAUGUCAAUGCGCGUCUGACAAAUCAUUUUACAUGAACAAUAAUGGAAAAAUAAGCUGUGUAACACUGCUAACUGUCACUACGACCAAUUCUAACAACUGUCCAUUAAAUGCUGCGAGUGAUGGUGGUGUAUGCAAAUGUAACACUGGAUAUCGACCCAGUGACAAUUCGAAUCGAGCUUGCCAACGAAAAACUGACCACCUUUAUGAUUCAACCGAUGCUCAAGCCCAGGGUGGUCCCGGUGAGAUUACAACGGCCGAUUGUGAAGUUUUGUUUCCUGGCACGCAUGUCAUUGCUCAUAACAAUGCCUGUGUUUGCAUCGAUGGAACCUUUUUGUAUAAUUCCUCGUGCGUUUUCUUUCUUGAGCAUACAAUCACAGCGGCUGAUAGUACUAAACAUAAAUGUCCGGUCGAUGCUGUCAUAGACGCUGCCAGUCCUGUGUGUAAAUGUCGAGAUGGAUUUAAGAACGGUGGAACGAAUCGUACCUGUGUUCGACUAACAAAUAAUGUUUAUGAAUUCAAUAAAACAGAUACUGAAAAUGUCACAGGACUAAAUGAUGCUGGCUGUCGAGCAUUGUUUGGAAAUGCUGCUCAAGCAUCACAACCUGCUGGUCACUGUGAAUGUUUACGAACAGAUCUGGCAUUUUGGGACAAUAACAAAUGCUAUUUCCUUGUUGAAAAAACUCAAUCAGCACCAACAGCUGACAGCACGUGCCCAUCUAAUUCUAUGCCUGAGGCUUACACUUGUAAAUGUUCUCCUGGAUACAAUGCAACUGCAGAUUUUCGUGGAUGCAAUCGAAAAUCAAUUUUCUCUCAAAAUCUUCAAGCAAUUGAUACUACAGCUUAUUCAGCAUGCGAUGCACCGAAUGUGGAUGCCGAUUGUGUAGCUCUGCAUGGAGCAGGUGCUGUUUGCCGUAACAAUACGUGCUACUGCGAUUAUCGUCAAAGUUUUGUGGUCGGCCAAAAAUGUGAACUUUUCUCGAAAUACGUUUUUCCUGGUGUUCACGAGCGUUCUUCCCAUACUUGCAACAACAAAGAAGAUUGCGGCGAGGAUGCAGAUGAAAAAAACAUCGAUUGUGAUUUCAUCAACAACCAGGAAACACGUUACAAAGUAUGCCAAUGUAAAUCUGGCUAUUUCUUAAACCCGAUUGACUCUACUUGUGUUAUUAAUCGAUGCUCAGCGGAAUGUCAAGAAAAUGCCCAAUGUGUAGGUUACACAUGUGUUUGUAACCCUGGAUAUUUUACUACUGCAUCGGGACAAUGCCUAAAACAAGAACCACCGCUUGUUCUCUAUGACAAAUGCAAUACCACUGUAUGGGCAGUUGAUCCAGUCGAUGGAGACCUUGUUUGUGCGUCCGACUGUACUCGAGCUCGAUGUCGAGGCGGUUAUCGUGAUGAGGGAUCGCAAUGCGUGAAGAACACUUUCGAUGAUGCUUGUGGUCAUGCAGCAAACUUCUGUGGGCAGUUCGGUUCAAACACUGUAUGUUCUCCGGAUGAAAACAGAUGUGCUUGUCAACCUGGUUAUUAUCGCAGCGAUGGAAAUGUCAUAUGUGCUCGAGCCGUAAACAGUCGAUGCUAUACUCAUGCAGAAUGCGGUGAUUUUGGUGAAUGUCUCAGUAGCCUAUGUCGAUGUAAAGCAGGUCGCCGUGAACAGCAGGUUUCAGAUCUUCUCGGACGAACGAUAACACGUUGUAUCAACGGUGUCGAUCAAAUGCGAUACAGUCCAAUUUUCUUCUUAUUCGUUUUAUUUAUCCAUGUCGUUUUUGCAUAA